AUCCAUAGACAAAACCUCAAGCACUUCACAUUUCUCAUUGAUCAAAACAACAUCUUAACGAACCAAACAAUGGCCAGCAUUAAUCAAGGAUACAAGUAUCUAUUCCUCUUGACCCUGCUAGUGACCUUCAGCUGGUCCACUCAAGCAUGCUGGAUCACCGGGGGACCCUGUGAUUCCGAUGCGGAUUGUUGUUUGGGUUACAAGUGUGGAACUGACUCCACUUGUGAAGUUGAUACUCAAUUUGAUGAAGCAUUGACCCAAGUGGAGAAGCGUGCUUUGGGAUCAACUUCAGGGAGUUCGGAUGGUUUGAAGACGGAUACCUCUCAAUGCUAUUUGUACAAUUAUCCAGUCUAUUCGGCCCCUGAAUGUGCAAGCAUUUGUGCUUCGUACGAUUUUGAGUUCUUCGAAUGGAACGGAUUCAGUGACACUUGCAUUUGUUGUUAAAAUGGGAACAAAAUGUCACUCAUUAUGUACUACGAAAAGAAGAUUAUGUCUAGCAUUUACUCAUGAGCAAAGCCUCGCCCAUUGCUGACAGUGAACAAAUCUGGGAAGAUGACUUCAAAUAGAUAGAAAUUAUCCCAGUAUAAUCAUUGACAAAUGAAGUUCAAUAAAUAAUAUGUAUUGCAAGAUGA